AUGAUCAUUUGUGAAACAGUUAAUAUUCAAUUAAGAAUCAGCUUUACGAGAAUUAAAAUACUUCCUUCAGUCCUGAAUCAAUCUUUUUAUUUUGUAAAAGAGGAUUUCAAUCGAACACCAAUUAUUUUUAAUGGACGUAUUCUUCAGAAAACAUCACCGAAAUUCUCUUGGGAUAGUUAUGAAUUCACUGUACAAGUUGAACAAGCAUUCAAAGGCACAUUAGUUGGUGCACAUAUUAAAGUAAUAACAUGGAAACAAGAAAGCAUGUGUGGUAUUGGCCAAGUUUCAAUUGGUUCUCGUUGGCAAAUAUGGAUGGAUGGAAAUGGUAUGACUAGUUUAUGUUCAAGAACUACAUCAAAUAUUAAUGAAAAUCAAUUAGAACUUCAACAACUGGCUAACCAAUAUGUUUAA